AUGUCGGAAGACCUUGCUAAGCAGUUAGCUAGCUACAAAGCUCAGCUUCAGCAAGUUGAGGCUGCCUUAUCUGGGAACGCAGAAAAUGAAGAUUUACUAAAAUUGAAGAAAGACUUACAGGAAGUCAUAGAAUUAACCAAAGAUCUCCUUUCAACACAACCUUCGGAAACUCUUGCAAGUUCUGACAGUUCUGCUUCUGCUCUGCCCAGUCACUCCUGGAAGGUUGGGGAUAGGUGUAUGGCGAUAUGGAGUGAGGAUGGACAGUGUUAUGAAGCUGAGAUUGAAGAAAUAGAUGAGGAGAACGGAACAGCUGCAGUGACAUUUGCUGGAUAUGGCAAUGCUGAAGUUACACCUCUGUUCAACCUCAAGCCUGUGGAAGAGGGAAGAAAAGCGAAAGAGGACAGUGGCAACAAACCCAUGUCCAAAAAAGAGAUGAUAGCCCAGCAACGAGAGUAUAAAAAGAAGAAAGCUUUGAAAAAAGCUCAGAGAAUCAAAGAACUUGAACAGGAACGAGAGGACCAGAAAGUCAAGUGGCAACAGUUUAACAACAGAGCCUAUUCUAAAAACAAAAAAGGCCAGGUAAAGAGGAGUAUUUUUGCUUCCCCUGAGAGCGUAACUGGCAAGGUUGGAGUCGGAACAUGCGGAAUUGCAGACAAACCUAUGACACAGUAUCAAGAUACCUCUAAAUAUAAUGUCAGGCAUUUGAUGCCUCAGUAACAGGGGAAAAAGGUGGAACUUCAUCUCUGCAGGGCUUUACACUUAUCUUUUUAUCAUUAUAUUUUUCUAAAAGUAAAUUAUUUGUUGGCACAUAGCGAGUAGUCCAUUUUGUCACCAUCACUUUGGCUUCAGCUGAUAUGAGCCUUAAAUCUCCAGCUAUUGAUUUGACCCCCCUAAUCAUUAAACUUUUUGUAGUUGCAUUAAAAUAUGUUCUGCAGGUAAAUGCUUUCAUGAACUGCUGUUACUUGUUACUCUGAAAGC